CAUAGGCCUUAACUUCUUUUGCAUUGCCCAUGAGACCAUUUCCUCAACUUCGCGGUUCAGAGCACAGAAUUCUCAAUUGGUUGGACAGUUGCUGCACUUCCGCCGCUCAUAUACACCAAAUUCAAGCUCAGCUCAUCCUCCAAAGCCUCCACUCCAACACCACCAUAGCCCACCGUUUCAUCGCUGCAUGCAAGCCUCUAGGCCUCUUGCCCUCGGCUCUUCUCCUCUUCACCCAACUCCGCAAGCCCCACGUCUUCAUAUGCAACUCCCUCAUCAGAGCCUUCUCCCACUCCCAUUCCCCUCAUGACUCCGUUUUUGUGUAUGCUCACAUGCAUAAAAACUCUAUACUUCCGAACAACUUCACCUUCCCGUUCCUUCUCAAGUCUUUGUCUGAGUUGAAGGACCUCAGACAAGGGCAGUGCGUCCAUACCCACAUCACUAAAUUGGGUCAUCUCAAUGAUAUAUAUGUCCAAAAUUCACUGCUCAGUAUCUACGCGUCGUGUGGUUGUAUGGGCUCGUGCCACCAGGCGUUCAAUGAAAUGCCCCAAAAAGAUGUUGUGUCGUGGACUGUUUUGAUUGCGGGGAAUCGGAGUGCUGGGAGGCAUGAUGAUGCUUUGAUUGCUUUCGAACAGAUGCAGUACGCGGGUGUGGUGCCCAAUCGUGUAACAAUGGUAAAUGCUUUAUCAACUUGCUCGAAGUGUGGGGCUCUGGAAAUGGGUGUUUGGAUACAUGACUUCAUAAGGAGGAGUGGGUGGGAAUUAGAUGUGAUCCUGGGGACUUCCUUGGUUAAUAUGUAUGGGAACUGUGGCAGAAUUGAAGAGGGGAUGGAUGUUUUCAAAAACAUGAAAGAAAAAAAUGUCUUUACAUGGAAUGCACUCAUUAAAGGGCUUGCUCUCGCAAAAAGCGGGAAUGAGGCAGUUCGAUGGUUUUCUAGAAUGGAACAUGAGGGCAUCGAGGCAGAUGAAGUGACCUUUCUUGGAGUGCUUUGUGCUUGUAGCCAUUCUGGGUUGGUACAAAUGGGAAGACGUAUCUUUAGUUCCCUUAUUGUUGGGAAGUAUGGAUUCUUACCCAAUUUUAAACAUUAUGCGUGUAUGAUCGACCUCUUGGUGCGAGCAGGGCGUCUUCAAGAAGCUUUCAUAAUCAUAACAAAAUUGCCUUUCGAGCCAACCAAAGCUAUGUGGGGAGCAUUUGUAGCUGGUUCAAGAACACAUGGCGAGCUGGAAUUGAGUGAGUUUGCAACCAGGAAACUGGUGGAAUUGGAGCCGGAGAAUGGCGCUCACUAUGUUCUGUUGUCUAAUUUGUAUGCAGAAAUGGGAAGACGGAGUGAUGUUGAAAGCAUGAAGAGGCUGAUGAAAGAGACGGAGAUGAAGAAAGACCAAGGCUGUGGUGCCAUAGAAUUUGAAUAUGAGAGGAAUGUAUAUGAAUUAUUAGCUGCAUGAGUCUCGUUGCAAGUAUGCGCUUAUUUCCCAUCAUUUUGAAAGAAGUUUCUGAUCAAAUUGUGUUGUUGGGCAGAGUCAGUUCACAUCUUACAACAGUAAAGACUUCAUUAGUUCUACAAAUAGCAGGAUAAUUAUUUUCUGAAUGGCCCUAUUGAUGGGAUAUUCUUUGAUCAUCAUAAUGCAAAAUGCAAAAUGCUGCAUGAAGGGACUGAUGUAGUCAUCUUGUUGAUUGCUUUGGAUACAUGAACAACUUUCCUAUUGUUUUG